UAUGACAUGAAAAUGGACUUCAGUUCCGUUUCAACUGAGCUUUUUGUUUUAAUCUGUCUUUUUCCAUGAGCUCUAUGACUAUAUGUCAAAGCACUUUGUAAACUUCUGUUUUUAAAAGUGCUAUAUAAAUUCAAAUUCAACUUUAUUUUUAUGGCACUUUUCAGACAAGAAAUGCAGUUCAAAGUGCCUCACAGAGGCUUAAAACAACAAUUAACAACAAUAAAAACCCGACCCUCCCACCCAUGGACCCACACGCACAAAGACACACACUCUCACUCACUCACUCACCCACACAUACUCACACAAGCACACAUAGUGUGAGAAUUUAAGAUAUAUUGUUAAAGAGACAUGGCCUGACACCAAGACACUACGUGAGGAAAUAGCUACCUUUGGGAAACACUGGAGAUAAAAGAUAAAAAAUAGAAAGUGGUAAAUGGAAAGAGUAAAACCUGAUGGACUAAAACAAGAAAAUAAUCUUAAAUGAACAGAUAAGUAAGAGCUCUUUACCAUGUUAAAGGUGUAAAAGAAGUAAAAACCUCAAAGGCAGGAGUUAAGGAAAAGACUAAGAACAGAGAAAAUUAAUAAAAUGACAUAAAAUGACCUAUAAGAACUUUGAUCAAGAUGAACAUUUGCAAUAAGAGAAACAGAAAAAGGCAGUUAAUAAAAGCCUGGUUAAAAAGGUGAAGUUAUAAAGUUGUUAUUCUUAUUAUUGUAUUAUUAUAACGUGUUAAAAUUUAAGUGCAUAAACUUUGUGCAGGAAAUUUUUUGCAAAUCAUUUUAUUCAAAAUAAGACUGAUCAUUGAGUAAUUGUGUCUGAUUAUUUUACUUUACCAGCAGUUAGCAGUAAAGACUUUAAGUGAGGAUUUUUUAAAUUGUUUUUUAUUUAAAAAAAAAAAAAGCAUGUAAAAUAUUCAAUACUUUUAUCAAAUAAAUCUUAAAUCCCCUCCAAAAAAAACUUUGAAUGACCCCAUCAAGUGUAGAAAGACACCGGUAUGUAGACUAAGCCACGCCCUUAUGUGCAUGUGAAACACGUGGUUCCACCCCCUUCUGCAGGCACCGAUAUUAUUGAUGGGCGUUGAUUUCCGGUAUUUGGCAUCUGGAUUUUCAGGUUCCACAGACCGUGGGUUGCAUGUAUAUGUGUUGUUUGUCGGUGCGUGUGUGUGCGUGUGUGAGAGAGAGGGACUUUGUUGUGUGGUUGUACCAUUCACAGCGUGGAUAUUGUCACCGCCUUGCACCGUAGGCAGGCACCGUGUUUCUUCAUGCAAGAUCCCGCCGCGGCUCCACAAUCUUUGGCCAGCAAUGACCGAAAGCCCCACGAACAAGCCAGGCAACGGGGAUGUAUGUCAACGCGUGAGGAAUGGACUCAAGCCGGAGCGCAACGGUUUGUUGAAGACCCUCUACUGCUGCCAUGAGCGGCAACCCAAACACCAGUACCACCCGGAGGAAGAGGAGGAGGAGGAGGAGGUAAGGCCCGGGAUGGGGGAAGAGGCUACUGAAGCCUGGGAAGCGUCCGUUGUGCGGACCCGGAAACAUCCCAACAAUGUUGGGGUUUUUCUUGCACCAGUAAGUCUUCAUAGAUUUCUGCGUUAUUUGAAAUAGUAAUAUUUGUUGACAGUGUCAGUUUGGUCGUGCUCAGAUUGUCUGGAUCACUCAAAGUGGACGCCCAUACCCAGAGGAAAUAUCACCAAAAGUUUUUUUUAGUUAUUCCCCCUGAAACUGUUUGUCUUUAGUUGAAUCUAAGUCAUUCAGUUUGGCAAAAUCGAUACAUCAGACAGUCUAAUAACUCAAUGGAGUCCAAUGUUUUUUCUUCGAAGUUAGUAGCCCGCUUCACCACCCCCUGUCGUCAAGUUGGAAAGAGGGUUGAAACAGGUGUUAAAACUCCAAAACCUUCACUUGUCAUACUUAAAACAAUAAGCAUAUGGCAUUUGUCCUGCUUUUGGUCAAAGGCACAAACUUGGGAUAGACUACUCUAUCUCAUUCCACAUGAGGCUGACAGAGCCAGUUCAACAGCUUACAAACUGUUUAUGUUUCUUCACUUGAUGACCGCAACAGGUUUCAUCCUUAUCUCAUCAGUUUUAGUUUCUUGGGACAAGUUUUAAGCUGGUUGUGAAUAAUUCUUUAAAAGCAGAGUAAAUUCUCAUUCUCAGCAUUUGCUGUCUUAUUGCUUUUGUCGAUGUAACAUGGAUUGUCAGUGUUUUGCACAUCAUUUUGUACUGUUUCUAUCAACAGUUUGCUGUGCUCUAACUUUUGUAAAUGUUGUAUAUGUAUUAAUUAUUUACUUUCUCAUCUUCUGAGGGGUAGUCUUUGUUUUAAGAGGCCAGUUUCCCACUUUUUAAGAUUUUAAAUUAGAUUUUACAGGUUAGGACUGAAACAGUAAUAAGUUAGUAAUGAGGGACAAUUGAACCAGAACUCCUGUUCAAGUGAGAGAUAGGGAUGGCACACCUCAAUGGAUUGAAAUGGCUUUUCCUAAGAGGUUUAUUAAGUUUCCACCUUUCCCUAACCCUAACCCCUCUUUCUGCCCCAAAUUACUGAUCCUUUCGGACUGUGUGACUAUGACAUGCAGUUGCACUUAAGAGUUGCCUGUUUAGCAUCAUUUGUGAAUUUUCAAAAGAAGUGUUUGCGUAGUAAAAUAACUAUAGUCAAGCAUCCUUUGCCUCUCCUUUUUGCUGUCAGACAGUAUUAACCGGCUGUGGAAUAAACAGUGGCAAAAGAUGUUAAUUUUCCUAGUUUAGUUCAAACGGACUGGAAGAGCAGAUGUGUACGGCUGACAGGCUUCCCCUUUCGUCUGGCAUCUUAGGGCAAUAGCAUUUCCCUCCACUGAUUUUUCAUUUUUUACUUGGUCAGUUGGCUGGCUGAGAAAAGUGAAAGCCUGAUGACUGAACCUCAGCUGAUUACAGUUCAUGUGGAUGUCAGCAUUGCUGCUCUGUAAGGUAUUUGAGAGAGGGGCAUGACUGGUCACAUGUGGUGCCUAAUAGCCAUAAGCAUGGCGAUGAGUGUACCGGUGGGGUGAAUUGCAUAAAUUUCUCCGAUCACUGACUUUCUGCCCAUCCGCUCUUGACAACAAAGAAACAAAAAUAGGUUAAACAAUUUUUAAUAUAGGACAUGUAGAAUUGUAGUUCAAAAGCGUGUCAUUGCAAUAUAGAUCUCUGUGUUUCGAGUGUGCAAAUUUACAUAAAAAACACCAAGUUUUCCCAUAUUUGGCUGUCAAAUUGUCCCUCUCUGCUCUGCCAGUGUCACAGUGUUUUCUUUCCUGUAUAAUAGUGUACAACUCAAGAAAGGUACAGUGUCAGCUUUCUUAUAAUCCUCCCAUGAAAUUUAGCAGAAAUCACAGGUGUAAAUGUACAUGAAUAUCAGAUGAUUUUCUAAUGAGAGGCUUUCAGCCAAUGUGUUAAUGCAUGAGAAGUUAAAAAAUAAGAUGGCUAGACCAUUACCAUAACUCCCUGCACUGAAGGAAAGUAUUGGGUAAUACUUGUACUUAAUUGGGAUUUGUCUAACUGAUGGCACCAUGAACUUUAGCACCAGCAUUUAAAUCUUACACCUUUAGUUAGUUCAAUCUUUUUUUUUUCAUUUGUCACAAAAAUGUCACCACUGUCACUGAUUAUCACAGCCCAUCUACAAAAAGUAUUUAUGUGCCCUGCAAGAUAAUAUUUGAAGCCAGUAAAACUUCAUUAAUUUUACUAAGAAUAUUUCUCAAAAAUGAAGUCUGAAAACUGGCUUUUUUUCUUUCAGUAAAGCCUCAGCUAAAGAGUUAUAUUUGUUUUUUGCAAGUAAUAAGCAAUGCAGUGAUUUUCUGUUUCUCAUGUCACUCAGGCCAAUGCAGAACCAUGUCAUGGUGGCUUGUACAGGCGACCGUUCAUUGAGUCUUUUGAGGAGACUCCCAUGUUGGUGGCUGUACUUACCUACAUGGGCUACGGUAUCCUGACCAUCUUCGGCUACCUACGGGACUUUCUCCGUCACUGGAAGAUAGAGCGGUGUCACAUAGCCAGGGAAAAAGAGGAGCAAAAGGUGAGGAAAACCACAUACACAUUAUGGUGCAAUUUUCAUUGUCUGUCUUUUAAGGAAGAAAGAAAAGUUUUCAACAAGUUUACCAGUGAUCCUUGUAGUGUUUUCUGUUUCUCAGUAAAUAAACCCUUAAUCGCUGCUGAACCAGAAGCUCAAAUAUGUCUCCAUAAAAACUACAACCCUGAGGCUGCUGAAGUAUUUGAGAUAUUUCCCCGCUUUAGUAUCUUUUUUUUUUCUUCACAAUUAGUGCAGUGUCCUCAUGAGACUGCAUUUUUGUGGAAAACUACAGCUACUAGAGAAGUUAUCUGCACCCUCUGAUUGUGUCCUUCAUCACUGAGAUUGUUUUCAUCCUGUUAUGUAACAUUUGAUAGUGAAGUCCAUUCUUUUAGGGUUUUGGUUAUGUCAAAAAAUAGGAAGUUAGAAGAAUGGCUGUGGGGAAAGUGAUUAAUUCGACCUUGGGAAACCUGACGGAUGUAUCCUUCAAGAGUCAAGACAGUGGCUCUCCACUCCUCAUGCCUUUAUUAUAUAAGACUGACCUUAUUCUAGCUAAGCUUUCCUAAAGUAUGACUGGCAUUUCUUUGAGGUGGUAUUUUUACAAUAACAGAGUGACAUUCCCGAAUUCUCUCCUCCCUUUACAAUUCCUUGUAAUUGUCUUCCUCUUUAUCCUUGUGUAGGACUUUGUCCCCCUGUACCAGGACUUUGAAAACUUCUACACCAGAAACCUCUACAUGCGUAUAAGAGACAACUGGAACAGGCCACUAUGCAGCGUCCCAGGGGCCAAAAUGGACUUGAUGGAACGAACCUCCCUUGACUACAACUGGACCUUUGAGUAAGCAAGACAUUUUAUUAAUGACAGUUAACACUGAUAUCUUCUUAGUAAUCACUAACAGCGAAGAGCUGAACAAUCCUUUGGGAUAAUAGCAAGUGGAUGAAGUGAACUGUAGUGAAUGCCCUCACCUCACCUCGUGGUUGAUGACUUACAGUCUCAUGUUGUUAAUCGUGUGAAAAGAGAGACAGACAAGACAAACAAUGGUCAUUAAGCCUUAGAUUUAUUAGAAAGAAAGAAAGAAAGCCCCUUUAAAGUGUUGGUGUUUUGGGAGGUUUUAUUGUAAAAUUAGCGGCCAAUUUGAUUGACCAAAAAAAGGAGGCUCACAGUAAACUCUGAUGGAGACCUAUUUGCAGUAUAAGCAAAUAAAAUUCCAACCAAAGACCCAGAUGUUAAGGAGUAAUCAGAUGAAUGACAUGCUUUGCAGUAUGGGGUGCUUUUAUCAACUGGGAUUAUUGGUCUUUGUAAGCAGUCAAUCAACAUCUCUGACGACUGAUCAUAGUGAGGAAAAUGUCUGAAGUUGAGCUCAGUACACACUGUAUGUUGCAUUGUAGCUUAUAUAAUUUAUGUGACAUGAAGUUAUUACAUUUUUACAGUAUAUCUGAAAAGUUUUUUCAUGAGCUGUCCAUUAAAAAGAAGAAAAGAGGGAGUCAGAAUGUGGAGUCUAUUUCAUUUCAUCAUUCUUCAGCAGGCUGUAGCUAGGUUAACAAAGAUUAUGCUGCCCUCAGAACCAGAGUAGAUGACGAACAGCUCCUCAGCAUUCUCAUUUCAAAUACAUCUGUCAUGAUUUACAGACAUUUGAUUUAGUCUGUCAAUCUUUUUAAGGCAGUAGUGUGGUGAAAGUAACCUGUUAAUAUAUUGGAAGUAAUUUUUCGAAGACACUUUGCUUUCUUAUUUCAAGCAGCAUCAUACAUUUGAGUGAAACUGGACUGUGUUUCAACAGAUACAAACAAGUGAAUGAAAGUUAGAGUAGGAAAAGUCAAACUCGUAGUGACUCCUUAAUGAGUUUGGCAGAGCAGCUGUAGUUUGAGUACGCAGUGGAGGGGCUGUGGGGUUGUGUGAUGUCAGACAUCACACACUGCAUAGAAGACGGCUGAGAGCAAAAUCAGAGUAUACCGAGUGCCAGGCAGGUAAUGCAUCCAACAAAAUGGCAGAUUUGGCUCCUUAGUAAAAAGAUUAUGGGAAGUAGGCUUUAGUUCUGCCUGUCUUUAGUUAGAUCGAGUUUUGGAGUAUGACAAUAAGCUUGUUAAACCUUCCUGUCUUUCCUCCUUGCCUUUGGCUGAUGGUCUCCUUUUGUCUUUGGUACCCAGGUACACAGGGCGGGUAGUGCAUGAUGUGAUUAACUUGGGCUCAUAUAAUUACCUCGGCUUCGCUGAGAACACAGGCCCGUGUGCUGACUCUGCAGCCGAGCUCACUGUGAAGUACGGUGUUGGAGUUGCAAGCACCAGGCAGGAGAUUGGUACAAACACACACCCAAACACAAGCACAAACCCUGUAUUCAUAUUUUUAAAAGCUUAACACCAGGAUUUGCCUGUAGCAAAUGAAGGUAUUAUUAGGUCGGUAUUAUUGGUAAGAGAGCUGUUGGGUUGAUUUUUGAUGUGUCAACAGUUUACUUUUCUCUGAUUGGAGGAAACCAGUUAACCCAAACUUUGAUUAAAACUGAAGACUAAAUGAAUGAAGAUAUUCCCAGAAACAAUAGCUAUUACUUUUAAUUUAGUAGUAAUUGAUGUUAGGACAAUCGAGAAGAUAUGUGUAUUCACAGAUCUGGAUUAACUUGGAGAAUCUGUGGCAUAUCAAAGUCUCCCAAAUAAGUCUGAUGUGACCCAGAUUUCUGUGGAGGAAGUUAAGCACACCAUAUGGCAAGCAGAUUGUUUUUACUGAUGACGUAAAAUUAUUGCUGCUUCAAGGAGAAAGUCAAAUAAACUAUAAACAUUAGGGGUGGGAGAAAAAAUCGAUACAGUAUGGUAUCACAAUAUUUUGUCUGGUGAUAUAUCGUAUCGUCUCAUUUACCAAGUGUUGAGUUUUCAAAUUAAUUGCUAAUAUGAAGUCAAAUCCAUAAUGAUGGAAAAAUAGAAUCAACUUUUUCUCCAGUGAGGUUGGCAGAGGUGACAUUGUGGAGCGGGAGAAAGUUAGUACUACAAAUAUAUAAAAAGUUUGCGAGAUGAGCUACAUGAAAAUAAAACACAGCGUAUAUAAGCCAAACAUAAAGGAAAACUAAAUGCUCAAUUAGCUAAACAAUUGAAAAAAGUGUAUAGAUUGCAAUAUGUUGUAUUGCUAUACUCAUUGUAUUGCAAAAUGUUAAAAAUCGCAAUGAUAUCAUAUUGUGGCCCAAGUAUCGUGGUAAUAUCGUAUCGUGGGGCCACUGGUGGUUCCCACCCCAAAUAAUCAUAUACACUAUACAGUCUAAGUUACCUAAGGACGAACUGACUCAACAAGUGUUGUUUUUAGACAAGACACACUACAAUUAAAUUUGCUAUAGCAUUAUUCAGCUAUAAAAGGUUUAAUCUAUUAAGAACAUUGAGGGAAAUACACUAGCUUGCUUUCUCACCAGGAGUCAGACAAAAGAUUUGGAGCCACUGUCAUGUCUCAAAACAGAAUAUAAAACUAAACUCCAGCUACAGCCAGUUGAUAUAGGUCACUAUAAAGACUGGUAGCAGCAAGAGAAAUAAGCGAGCUCUACUCCUCCAAAUCAAACACCUCCAUCUUUUAAUUUUUUUACUUUAAAAUUAAGUAUGGAUAAAACCUAAAAUAUUGUAUUAUGUAAACUACUAAGUCAGUGACAGCCUUUUAAACAUUUGAGUGACCUUUUAAAAAAAUAUUCAAAGAGUAGAAAAUUAAAGCUAACUAUACACAUCUUAGUUGUAAAUGGACAGGUGUGAGGGUAGUGUCCAUCCUUAUGCCCUUCAACUUUUACAGGCAAUCCCUGUGGGCACAUAAUUUUGAGGUUUGAUUUGAGAAACCUCUAUGCCGAUCUCCUGGAUUUGUGCUUUUCAGGUAACCUAGACCGACACGAGGAGCUGGAAAAACUGGUGGCUGAGUUUCUUGGUGUAGACUCAGCCAUGGCAUUUGGGAUGGGCUUUGCAACCAACUCCAUGAACAUACCCGCACUGUCAGGCAAGGUAGGACUACAGGUCAAUGAAAGUUAUGUCAAUUGUUUCUUGAAGAACCCUGUAACUUAUCUCAACCCCUGCAUUUUUCAUCUCAGCCCUCUAGGUAGUUAUUUGUGUCCUUGUCAAAUUUACUCGAUCUUAUCUCAGCACUUUUUGUCCUCUUUACACUCUCUAUCUGCCCAGUGUCAUUCACACUGUCUCUAAUAUUGUCAUGUUUGUUUUUUUUUAUGCAACUGUUUGUCAUUUCUACUAUUACAAAGUAUGACAACACACUAUCACAGUUCAUCAAAAACACGGCGACACAAAAACACUGUCCAGCCUCAUCAGGAGGAAACACUUUGUGUUGACUCCAGCAGUUUGUUUUUUGGCUGCGUGUCAAAAUAGAAAAAUAACAGUAGCGUGUGCUCAAAACUUACAGACGUUAUUUUUAUGUACAGUAGCUACUUUGUGACAUAAAUGGUUUGCAUUGUAAAAGAAGACCAUUGGUGGAAAAUGUGAGACAGCUUCUAAAAAUUGAUGCAUGUGAAAUGAUUAGUGGUACAUUACAGACAAUUCAAUAUGAGAACUUGAUAAAUCUCCAAAGGGAAAUUUGUAGUAGAUGAAUUAUUUAAAUCUUUCAGUGAUAACAGGUUAAUGUGAUGAUGCUUUACUGAAAAAGUAUUACAUCCAGAAUUUUAAUUGAAGCAAUGUUUUUGAUAUCAGCCAAGUUCAUCUCUAAACUGACCACAAUGCCUCUAAGAUUGAAGUAUACUACCACUGAUUCUACAGUUUUUGAUUAAUGUUAACGCUGGGCAAUAUUGUUACUCACCAUUCAGUUAAAUUUAUAUCAAUGAAUUAUAUCUAAUUAUAUUAUUAUAUUUUUGUUUAUCCAGUAGGAACAUUUUUCAUAGGCUCAGAGAGGCAGUGCUUUUCUCAGCUUUAUGACCGCACAUAUAAAGUUACUCUUAAGAUUAUUCAAACACAUCAUUUUGUUUAAGCAGUCUCAUAUUCAGUUGAAUACAGGUGGGAAAGGAUUUGCAAAUCAUUGUAUUCUAUUUUACUAACAUUUUACACAACGUCCUGACUUCAUUCGACUUCAUUGGGUUUGUACAUUUUUACAUACUGACGUUGGUCUGGUGUCCUACAGGGCUGUCUCAUUCUGAGUGAUGAGUUGAACCAUGCCUCUCUUGUCCUGGGAGCCAGGCUGUCUGGAUCCAUCAUCAGAGUCUUCAAACACAACAGUAAGUCAGUGAUUUCAAUGAAGAGUUUCCUCGGUACCAAACUUUUCCUUGCACAUGCAUCUUUAUGUCCAACCCUAAUGGUCAGUUCACCCUGUUGAAAUAAUUUUGCCAUUGCUGAUACUCAUAGCCUUUUUCCCUUUCAAUCCCUUUGGCUUUUACAGCCCCCCCAUGCUGUUCAGCUCUUAUGUUUAACUUCUUCUCAUGUGCUCUUUGUCAUGGAGCCAUGACUUAAAUCUGGUCACUGUAGUUACACAGUGGGAUACUGGUUGUCAUAAAGACAAACUAUCUUGGAGUUGGCACUGCGUUGUAUGUCUUGUUUUGCACCUUUUGAUUUAUUGGAGGAUUAUGACAUACUGUACAGAAUUUACAUGAACAAAUGUCUGCGUUUCUAUGUCAUUUAUUCUAUGUCAAAGAGAUAGCAAGCAAUGAGUAAGACUCGUGAAAUGAAUCUUACUCAUAAUCACCAUGAGACAUUUGAACUAUAUGGAAAAUUGUUGUUGUUUGUUAUUUAUUUUCAUAAUUGAUGGUUAUUUAAUUUCCAAUUAGCAACCGGGCUACCCAGCACAGUCUAAACUGCAGCUACACACACUUACAAUCACUGACUGUUUGCAGAUAAUAUUGCUGGAUGUAAUGAUGUUACAUUUGGAUGUCAGCACAGCCAAGAAUGUACCUAUAAUAUAAUUAUGAUUAUGGUGAUGUGAAGAAGCAUUAGCUUGCACUUAAAACUAUUGGCCUUUUUUUGAAGCCAUGAACGCACAUGACUUACACAUUAAUUUGUAUACUAAAACAGCAGUGUCCUAAUGAUCCAAGUACAGGACCACUGUUAUCCCAUCUGACAUUGUUUUUUUUUAUAUAUAUAUAUAUUUUUAUAUAUAUAUUUUUUAUAUAUACUACCCGAUAUUUCAGCACUCUGACCUUUCCAACACUCUGUUUGAGACUGUAUUGAUGCUGUUGGUGUGCGUCUCAUGGUUUAAAUGAAUUUCCAGCCCUAAUAAAAUGUGGGUGGUUAUUCUGUAACCACCUUUUUUUUAAUAAUUCUGUAAUUUUCCUGUCAGACAUGCAGAGCCUCGAGAAACUGCUGAGAGAAGCCAUUGUUUAUGGACAGCCCAGGACUCACAGACCAUGGAAGAAGAUCCUCAUCGUGGUAGAGGGCAUUUACAGGUAGCCUACAUAGAACAGUGUCUUGAAGCUUAAUAAAACCUUUUAAGACAUUGUCACAUAUUUAAAUAUGUUGUAUAUCUGUUCUAUAAAGGGUUUAUAAUACUGAGGUGGUAUUGUGUUGAUUAGGGGUGUCCUGAUAUGAUAUUGAAAUCAGACAUUGGUCUGAUAUGAGCAAAAAUAGAAUUUCAGAUUAUAUCGACCUGCAUUUCAAAUCUCUGAUAUCAGCACUCCAAUACAAGCAGUCCAUUCCAGACUCCGCUUCAGAACCUCUAUUUAGCAGCGCCUGGAUCCAGCAUGCAGAGCCCACAUAACCACAACAACAGUAUGAACUACUAAGGUACUAACAAAGUAGCAAAGAGUAGGAGUGAUGUCGUCCGUUUGGCAGUAAUUUUUGUUUAAUUUAAAAAAAGAUGUUGCAGCUGAGUGCAAAACUUGUCAUGCACAAUUUUGUACUGAUAUCGGAUCAUUAAUGAUAAUUGCAAUUACUGAAGGCUAAAACAUCGGAAUCCUAUUGGAGGUUAAAAAAAUUGUAUUGGACACCCAUAGUGUUGAUUAUGAAGAUACUAUUUUAAAAGUUACCAGUGCAUAAAAAUCUUGAACCAAAAAUAUAUUUUUAAUGCCACUAUUAUUAUUUCCCUUGUUAUUUCAAUUCAAACACGCUCUUUGUUUUGACCCUUUUUGUUUUUUUAAUUGUUUUAAAUCACCAUGCGCUAUGCUGUGCAAAAGGAAUCAAAAGCCACUGUUAACUGUUUAAAUACAAUAUUUAAUUUAAAGUUAACAUUUCACAGUAGUACUGUGUGUCAGCUUUAAAAUAAGCAAAGCAUGUUCCUGAGUAAAUGACUUACAAACAGGCUCACAGAAGGCAGCAGCACUGAUCCUCUUUUGAUGUUGGACCAUUAAGCUCAGCACUAUCUACACCCCUGGGGGUGGACUGUUGGUUGACAGAGCUGACUCAGUGCGUGGUUAGCUCUUAGUGGUUAUAUACACUGUGAGCAAGUUUGAUGAGCUACUUCAUUCAGCCAAACUAGUGAACAACACCUUCAGGAUGCUGCCAAGCUAUAUGCAGGUCAUUUCUGCUCCUGUGGUACUGCUUCAUUAUUGCUUACUUCAUCAACAACGCUUUAGGUGGUCAAAUAAUGUAUCUCAGUACACCAAUUGACCCCCUUGAUUGUCGCUCUCUGUUUUCAACACCACAGCAUGGAAGGCAGCAUUGUGCGUCUACCAGAAGUGGUUGCCCUAAAGAAGCAUUACCAGGCCUACCUUUAUCUAGAUGAGGCCCACAGCAUAGGGGCGCUGGGACCAAGAGGGAGAGGCGUGGUUGAUUACUUUGGCCUAGACCCCCGUGAUGUGGAUGUCAUGAUGGGCACAUUUACCAAGAGCUUCGGUGCAGCAGGUGGUUACAUAGCAGGAAAAAGGGUGAGGACACUUGAUCAUUCAUUCAUUUCUUCAUGCAUUUUGUUUUUGAAGGGGACAAGAAGGUGUGGCAGGGUAAAAUGAACUGAAAAUAAGAUGUCACAUUAUAUGAAUAGUUUUCCUCUUCAAAGCCCAGUCUUCUUCCUGGGAUAGUAAACAAUGUUUAACAAUUAUUUAAUGUCAUCAUCAGGGCUUACAAUAAAAAUCACAAAGAUUUAAGUUUGAAAAAAACUCACCUGUAAUCUUAGCAAUGUUGACCAACAGCCUUGCGGUGUGUAAAGCAGCAUUCCUGACAUUUUAGCCCAGUUUCAUGAAACACUUAAGUUAUGAAAGCAGCUUAGAAAAACUAAAGGUCUGGUCCAAAUAAAUCUUGUGUGCAUGUAAGCUAUGCCAGUCCUGACUUCCGAGGACAUCCCUGAGAGUUUAUGGUUGAAGAGACAGCAGAGUGAUUUAAGCUUUCCAUGCAUAUUUAUCUUACAUCUCCUAUGUAUUUGCUGGGUUUAGGAGCUUAUUGAGUACCUGCGCUCCCAUUCCCACAGCGCAGUCUAUGCCACCUCCAUGUCUCCUCCUGUGGUGGAACAAAUCAUCACUUCUAUGAAGUGCAUUAUGGGAAAGGAUGGCACAACAAUAGGUAAGUGUAUCCCAAUAGCCUCUGUGGAGUGGUUUUGAAUCACUGGGUUCCAUUUAUGCAUGUGCACUGGGGUAACACAGCCCACACUAGUAAAUCACUUACUCAGUGUGAAACCACUAAGCAAGUGAUUUACUUAGGCAGAUUAAAUAAUAAAACAAACAUGGUUGUGGACAAUUAAAGUGUCAGAGUUUUCCAAAAAUAGACUUGCCUGCCUUUUGUUUUCAGAAAUCCUUAAGUUGGUAAACUUAAACUGAGCAGCAGCAUUGUGGGGUAACAUAACCUCUGUCAAAGAUAAUACUCCACAUGCCCUGUAAACUAGAAACAGCUCAUCAAACAUAAACUGAUAUACUAUCUACAUCAUCUUGACUGUGUUUGGAGUGUGUCGAUACAUCAUCUUUCUCAAACUGUUUUAAACUGGAGUUUAAUGUCCAGCAUACAUUCUUAACAAAUGUAAAUCAUUUUUCUUUUCUUUUCUUUUUUGCCUUUUUUCCCUUUAUUUUGCAUUUUAUCCAUUUAUCUCAUGAUUAUGUUUACUAUGUACUGAUGAUGCUGCUGAUUAUUUUUUUAAUUUAUUAUUAUUAUUAUUAUUAUUAUUAUUAUUAUUAUUAUUAUUUUCAUCCCUGUAAUCAUAAAAGAAAAAAUUAUCACAAAACAAAAAAAAAAAAACGUGUAAAUCAUUUGCUUGUUUGUCCUGCAAUCCAAAGUGGCUCUUUAAAAGGAGUUAUGCACCACUAGGAUAGCAAAUCACAGAGGCCUUUAGAGAAGGCAGUAAUGGGCCAUUGUCUUUCCUCCAUAAAUACAAAAGGUAUUUUAAAAGUCCAAAGAACCAGAGCCCUUCCCGUGAUACUGAAGAAGACAAACUGUGGUCACACACAAUGGUAAUUCGAGGCCAGAAGUUAAUAUAAGGUGGCUAAAAUAAAAUAAAAUAUUUGUAUCCAAAAAUAAAUAAAACACCUUUCAUGAAAAUGUAUCCUAAAGAUUAACAGGCAUUAAGUACUUUCAUAACAAAAAGCCUCAAUGACAAACAUGCGACUUAUCUUGCCACAUUUUUAGUCUGCUAGAGUUAAGCGAAUUCGAAAUGAAGUGCUGUGAUUUUUAUUGGUCACUAGGUGUCAGUACACACUCAGGUUCUAGAAAGGCAAACAGCACAUAAGCCACAACCAGGAACAAAUGACUCCUCAAACGGAAUUAACUGUGGGAAAAGUGGGAGGUAAGCGCUUGCAGGGGUGGUCCAAGGGCUCCGGAGCUUUUAAGCCUCCCAAGAUCUUAUGGGUCUAACUUGAUAAAACACAAAUGAAGGGAGUUGCCUACUUAAUAACCCCAGAGUUGUACUGGCUCUCACUGCCCAUCUGUCUCCAUCUAUCUUCAUGCUUGGGUCAUAGAGGACAUGAGAGGCCAUAUGGUAGGUUGUGUAACUUAUCUGUACAGCACAGAUAUUGGAAUGAGUGCGUAAUAGGAUGGGUGUGUAACCUCUUCAUUAAAGCACACGUACCAUGCGUUUGUCUGCAAUUCAUGAUUUGUUUGAUUUUCUUGAUGGCCAAAAAAGCUGAGUUUGCUGAUCUCCAGCAGUUUUCACCUCUUUGACUCUUUUUUGUCUUUUAAACAAAAAAUAUAUAUCUAUAAUUGUAUACUCUUAUUAAUCAAAUAUGAAAAAAAAAAAUUUACAUCAAGUUGAGCACCUGAAAAAAGCCAACCUUAUAAAUGAAUCUUUAUUUUUUCAACUAUAUUUAACCAGAUGUCUUUUUUCUGGCCAAGAUAGGCAGCAGCACAUGUGUGAUUACAUUUGAAUUUCAGACACAGUCACUAUAACAACAGCCAUAACCCUGUAAACAACAUAUAGCCAGGGGGAACAAGUUUGUUAAUGAAGGCCAACCAAUGUCUGUAGAGGAAAACUGUCCGGCACUGUCAGAUCUGGUCUUUCAAAACCAAUUCUUGUCAUCCCAAGGCCUUGAGCGUGUGCAACAGCUGGCAGAGAACACGGUCUACUUCCGCAAGAAGCUUCAAGAAAUGGGCUUUAUAAUCUAUGGAAAUGAGGACUCACCUGUUAUACCCAUGAUGCUCUACAUGCCUGCCAAGAUAGGGUGAGCCUUUACUCAAUCUAGAGGGCAUUUACACUAAGUAAAUGUGUGUGUUUUAAGAGCAAAAUAAUCCCAUAUGAUAUGGAUUGAAAAUAAUAUUUUGUAUUGUAUUUAUUUUGCAGCAUGCAAGUAUCUGAAAACUGCUCCUCUUUGCAUAUCCUUUUAAAUGUGUUUGUGGGAAGUAAAGCUUGAAUCAAAGCCCACUGUAGAAUAAGUGUUUGUUCUUAGGUAGGGAAUUUUGGUGAAUGUAGAACUGUGUCAGUAUUUUACUUGUCCAUAUAGAUAGAGAGAAGUUUGGGUUUUUUUUCCAUGAAGAGUAGGACAGAUAUUGUUGUGCUCAUGUAACUUCCUGUGUUCCCUCUUGUCUGUCCCACCAGAGCAUUUGGCAGAGAAAUGUUGAAGAGAAAUAUCGGGGUCGUGGGCGUUGGCUUCCCCGCCACACCCAUUAUCGAGUCCAGGGCUCGCUUCUGCAUCUCAGCCGCCCACACAAAAGAAAUGCUGGACAGAGUAAGUAGUUGUGUGGGGUACUGUAAAAUGUACUGUUGCAACAUAGUGUUUGCUUUGUCUCAAAGUGAGGCAUUAUUGUAAGAAACAAUUUUAAAAGUAGAAAAAGCGGUUCACUGACCUCAGGAGCUUACCGAACAAUGACCCUCUGCCAGAAAUUUCAACAAUACAGACAGCUGAAAAGUCAUGCCUUUCACUCUAACCUGAGCAAAAUAUCGAAAUGAGCAGAAUUGAAGCCUCUCUGUGCAGUUUAUGCACUCCACAGUUUAUUCACUCUCUAUUCCAGUUGUUCAGCCUCUAAACAUUGUUUUUACUCACCCUAUUUCCUGGUGUAAGUGCAAACUCUUCAAGUGUUCUUCAGGAAGUUGACAACUUGCCUAAACCAGGGUCUCCAGUUCUUCCUCUGUGUUUAGCUCACGACACGCUAGCCUGGUCUUCUGUUAAGGUCUUAAUCGCAUUGAAUGUUGAAAGAUAUGAUUUCUUUUUCAUGCACAGUGCAUCUCUAGAAAGUGCUGCUUUAUUGGGACUGACAUCCACUACCGUUCUCCUUGUGCUCCUCACAAAACAAAAUCAAACAUAGUGAAGACAGGGAGUGGGAGUGUUGUAAUGCAGUAAAGCUUUCAUCUGUCAAGACGUAAAAAUCUCUACAUAUUAGAUUUCACCUCUGGAUCAUUCUCUUAUACUUUGAUGUGUCACAUCCAUUUUGCGUUUCUUUUAUCUACUGGUGAGCUUUCGCAGUUUAUUCUCCUAAUUCAACACACUCACCCAUGAACAUUCAAAAUUCUUGUCCUUCCAAAUACCUUCUGUUAUUGACAAUGUCGAUAUUUUAACCCUCAAGCCCUCAGCAAACUUAAACACUGAAGUACACAAACCUCGUACUCCAACCUCUUGAAAACAUGAAAACAAAUUCAUUUAUUCGGGGCAUCCUCAGCUGAAAUGCUUUAACGAGGAUGUUGAAAUCUUAGAUCUGUCUUCUUUCAUAGCAGGAGAAUAAAGCAAUGAUUAAUCUUUCUUUACAAGGUGAAUCUACAAAAAUUGCCCUCUUAUCUCUGUUCUCCUCUGACACCUAAAAUUAUUACAAGCGAUAACCUUCAUGUAGGUCAUACCUCAAACUCACUAUCUUUGGUGAAAGCGCUUUCAUAGUCUUUGUGAUUCAAUUUUGAUUUAAGCUAAAAGUUCAACUUUUAAGAGAUUGUUUUUAUAGCUUGGAUUCAAAACCAGGAGUAAAAAAUGUGUGACCUUCUAAUACACAUCUUAAGUUGUAAUUUUAACUUUUAAAUUGUUUAUUUCAUUCUUUAAUUAAAGUGUUUCGCUGCUGUCUUUGCCGGAGACCCCUGGUAAAAGAGGUUUUGUAACUCAUUUAGAAUAACCCUGAUAAAAUAAAGCUUGAGUAAGGAAUUAAUCAACAUUGUUUUCAAGAGCAGCGCUCAACUAGUCUUAUUGAAAAGUGGUUACAUCAAAAUGCCAGACUGCUGAAAUUGUCAAUAUUGUUUUGGACAUGGACUUAGACAGACUUUUAUUGUCAUUUAGUAUGCAGCAGGGCCUCAAUUUACAGAUUCAGUACAGUGCAGAUGUAUGUGCAAAAAAUGUAUGUCCUCCCCCCAUGGAUGGAGGACCCAAAAUCAAAUUCAAAGAUUUGUCAAGCCUAUUCAGACUGAGCACCCAUUAGGAGAACCUCAAGGGCUGGGCGAUAUGGCUUCAAAUCAAUAUCACGAUAUACUUAGCAGUUCACAUUGAUAACGAUAAAUGGACGAUAACUACUCCACAAGCUGCUCACCCCCUCCCACAUUGACUUUGUCUACUUUAGCCGCAGCUCUAACUGCUACAACUUUUGAACUGUCCUCCAUCUCCUCACCUGUCUUUCCCUCUUUGUUACGGACUGGACGGGGUGAAGUCACGUCUCUGACGUAGGACAGCGUCUAAAAGGGACAUGACACUAUAGCCUACCUACAUACAUCCAAAACCAACUUUUAUUUAUUUUUUUGACACCUAAUAUACUGAUUUGGGCAAAAAUGACGUCGGUUAUUGUCGUAAAUUUUGGUAUCCGAAAAUAUUUGGUUUUUCGCCCAGCCCUAUUCUUUGCUGUUAUUUACUUAAGAAUUUCAAUCAGAUAAUCAGAAAAAUCAUUCUUAAGACACAUUCAGACCAAACGCGACUUGAAGCGACCUAGUCGCGUUGGUCGCUGUAAUCACGUCACGUCGCGCCCUGGUGUGUUCACACCAGGUCCAAAGCUGCAGUCACGGAGGUCGCAGGACGUGGCUCCCUCCUUCAUUAAUCACUCAUUAAUUUCACCUGUGUCUCAUUUGCCUCAGCUGUUGCUCGUUUUCCAGUGUGUGUAUAGUCCUUUCUUCCCCUCUGUCCUUGUUGGUUUAUUGUAUGUCGAUGUGUGCGUAUGCUUGUGUUCCCAGUUGUCUCCUUGUGAUUUUUUCCCCCCAGUGUCUUUAGUUGGAUUUUGCCCUUUUGGAUUUUUGUUUUUUGUUGUUUUUUUCAUUUAGUUCUUUUUAAUUAAAUCCUUUGUUCUGCAUUUGGGUCUUAUCUUUGUUUAACCUUGCACAGCGUGACAUAAUGCUUCUUAUACAAACGUGUCUGUCCACCAAAAAUUCCUUUUAGUUUUAAAAAGUUUUGGAUUACAUAUUUGCCAUCUGUUUUACAGAAUAGUUAAAUAAAUGAAUCUACCAUAGUGUACACUUUUCUUCGACUUAGAUUACUAACCUGUUUAAACUCAGCUACUCCUAUAUCCAAGCAAAAUGUCAUACUGGUGACUCCCCCUCACAUCCAAGUAAUCUAAAUGAAAAAUUCAGAGGACUGGGUCCAUCUGGAGCAUUAAAGUUAGUGGUGUUUUCUCUCUGAGCCCAAGUUUCCUGAUUUAAUCCUAGAAGACAGGUGUGCCUGAUGCUGCUUUAAAAUUUCCUGAAGCUCCAUUUUGCCCUCCUUGCUGACAGCUGUUUUAUGGUACGAAUGUCUCCACAGGCACUGAGUGUCAUCAGUGAAGUAGGAGACCUUCUUCAGCUCAAGUAUUCCCGUCACAGGAUACAGCCGUCUUUGGUGCGGCCCUUUGACGAUAACGUGUAUGAAGAAAUUGAUGACUGAAGAAGCACUCUUUUCUCAAAGUGGCGUGAACCUGAACAACCCCUGAAGAUAUUAAGUGCAUAUGUGAUGGAUCACAUGCCUUCCAGAAGGACAGAGAUGUGCACAGGUGCCCCUUGUCAACAUCUCACAAAUACAUAAAGAAAACAUUGAUUUUCUAGUUUGCCUUGCCUAAAUGUGCAUAAUGUGCGAACAUGCUGAAAAGCAUAUCUGCUUUCUGCUUUCUGUUUUUUUUUAUCUUCAUUUUAUGUUUUAAAGUUUGACUUUUUUCAAGGUGUAUCUUUGUAUGUUUGCAGUGCUUACAGAAUCCACCUUGCCCCGAAGCAUAUGACAAGAUUUGAUCACCGUUUGUAUGUGAGCAAAUAUCACAGAAAAUGGAUUUAAUUUUAAGGAUUAUUUAAAAUGAUCAUCCAGAUUUGGACUUUCUGUCAUCAGAAUUUUUUGUGUAUGGUUUGUAGUCUAUCAGGCUCUUUUGAAUAUGAGUGAAGGGUAUUACCAUCUUUACAUGCACUACAGUAUUGUUAUUCCAUGUUAUUCCCUGGUUCUUCCUUAGCUGAGGGCAGAUUUGCCUCCUCAAUGCUAGUCUUUAUCAUUGUUAGUUGGAAAAUAUGAUGAAUGGUAUGGAAAGGAAAGCACUUUGAAUGGUCAGAAGAGUUUAUAAAGAAGUUUUACAAAAACAAUCCUGUUACAUUUCACCACACUUUAGAUUGUCUUAUUGGGAAUAUCUAUUCCUUAUUUCCAAUUUCAGGAUCAUCAACUCAUCACAACUAAGCCUGGCUAAUUACUAGGUUCUGAAAGCUUUGUAAUUAGCCGUUGCUAUUUCAACAGCAAACAGACAGUAGUGUUUUGUUUUUUGUUUUUUCUCUAGCACUUUUAGGGUUCAUAAAAGCCAUGAAGAAACUGAGACAAAACAUUUUGUGCUACAACUUGAGAACUUUACCUGUUUGAAAAAACACCAGCUUCAGGUAAAGACAGCAGUGCCAAAUAGAAAUGAGUUCAUCUCAAUCAAUCAAUAUCUUUAUAAAUUUUGCAGGAGCACACAAAACAAAAUAAUCAAACCAUACGGCAUGAUAAAUUACAAUACGUAACAAAUCACAAUACAGACCCAAGAUAAAUUAGGAGACUUUGAACACUUAUUAUGGAUUUGGUGGCCUUAAACUUCACCAACCUAUGUUUUUCUAAAUGACACUGAUAGGUAUGGCACAGUUUUGAGGCAUUGGUUAGAAAAGAAAUGGAAAAAGCACUUAAAAUUUUUGCCCAUAUGGACGUUAAAUGGGUCUUAAGUUAUAUUCAUUACUUUCUUUAAAAAGUGUAAAAGUCUUAAAUUUGACUUGUUGAGUCCUGCAGAGACCCUGUUAAAUACUUGUACCUUCUCAUGUCCACUCUUUCUUGGGUGUUUACUAGUAUUAGUCUCUUUGCUUAGUGUCAGAUGACAUUGUUUUAAUGCCUUGUAAAUCAAAGUGCUAUCUGCUGUGACUCAAAAGUCAUUAAUAACAUGAGAGCGUGGACGUGGAUCUGUGCACUUAUGUGUGUGUUACUGAACAUUUAUCUUGUUUUUUUCCAUGUUCAUAUCUGCCUUUUGGUUUAUCUGUACACUUUGUGCUACUGAGCUGUGAGGCAACACUCCUAAAUCAAGGCAGCUGUAGAAGCAAAAGGGAGAGUGGAAAAUUCCACAGGCAUACAUUUAAUCUUGCCUUUAUACACACUGGCAACUAUUAUGUAACCACUCUGUCCUCAUAAUAAUGCAUGUUCAGUCAGAAUCUGUCAUGGAAGCUGCUCCUCAUACAGAAGUGCUCAACACAUACUGUGUUAUUAGGAACUAGACUCUUACAUGUCAUUGAAAAAUCACAAGUCAUCAUGUGUCUGGACUCUUGAAAGGUCAAUGGAUUCUGUUACUAUAAAUGGGAGAAGUAUGUGAUUUGUACUUUCAUGUAUUAAAAUACAAUUUAGAAAAAGUUUUAAAAAUCAAUAUCUUGGAGAUUACUAAAUGGUUGUCCAUUUUCAAAAAGCUUUGGAGAAUUAUGUCAUCCAUUUAGAAACAAGAACGUAUUUUUAUGUUCUUCACACAGUCAAGCUAUGAAAUGAUUUUCAAAGCAAGCAAUAUAUAAGGGCCUGAUGUCUGUGGUAUUCUCAGCUUUAUUGAGGUUUGAUCAGUAACAUCCUAUUGUGGCAGUUAAGGGUAAUUGAUCCAUUGUCUUUUCUUAAGUGUGUUUCUCCAAAAGUAGUUUUGGAAAGAUGUUUAUCACUGCUACUUGCAGCUUUUGUUAACAUUGUUUAAGCGUGCCAAUAAUGGAUGCAACCCUUUCAGUGGUUGACUCUGAGUAACUGCAAAUCAGAGAGAAUUACUUUUUCUCAUACAGUGCCUUUGAAGCAAAUGAUGAUCUAAGAAUUGUGACUUCGGCUGUUAUCACUUGGGUUGUUUAUUUAAUCAUUGACUGCUUUGUCUUAAAUUUUCCUUUUUUAACUUAUUUCAGUUUAUUUAAUUAUAGAAAAUGCAUUAUUUUCAACAUAUCAACAUACUUCCCAUAAGUGUCACCCAUGUCUACAGUCAGAUUAGAAUAUUAAACCACUAUAAACUGCUUUUCUAAAUGGCUGUCCAUUUUGUUAAGACAAUCUAUUAUGUAGAUAACUGUUACACUGCCUUAGUGUUGUUUUCCUAGGUCUAGUUUUACUAUUACCCAGCAUUCUCCCUAUACAGUAUGGUCUACAAACUGGCAACUGAGUGUGCUUAAUGCUUUAGGCAUCUUAUCAAUAAAAUUAUUUUUUGUCUAGGAAAUAAUAGAAAAGUAAAACUUUAAAGUUGUUUUCUUUGCUGUUAAGGUCAAUGUGGGCUGGAGCGUACAGGCAUUUUAUAGUGAAAAGAACUGAGUAAGUUAAUAUGAAAUAAAAUACUCGUCUUUUAAAUAAAUAAUAGAAUAAAUCAUUUAACAGCAAUGAUAGUAGUAGACUUGCCUAAAGAGUUUGCACCAUUGAACCAGAAGUUCAUGAAAUUGUAUUGCUUAUUCAGUAUUAAUUGUUUUAUGGGAUACCCUGUAUGGACUGUAAACUUAAUGUUUUUUUGAGAAACCUCUUUAUUAAAUAAAUAAAACCUCCUGUACCUUGCUGUAACUAAAAUGAAAAA